CAUGAGUCAGAGUCAUCCCUUGCUUCCUCUGAUGCAAAAUUCUGGACCCAAUUGUGAGAGUGUUCCAGUUGGUUUUGGUGAGCAUCCAAGACAUCAUAAACUUGGGACUGGGACAUUUAUUCCAGAUCCAGAGAGUUACAAGCAAAGGGUUAAAUUUCAUGCAAGAAAGCGUAAUUAUGACCGUCCUAGGGAAGGUAGGUUCAAUUACGAAUAUGAAAGGACAAAUAGUGGUGGUGCUGACUAUAAUUAUGGGAACCUUGUAUGGAAGCCAGUGGAGAUUAAGCGUUACACGAAUAUUGGAAACCAUAAAGAAGCAUCCAGUUCUUCAACUGCUGGUACAAAUUCUGAAAAGGAUUUUGCACAUUCUUCUUCUAAUCAGCCAUCAUCCCCCAAUAUUAGCGGGGUUAAUAUGAAAGACUCUACCUCUCAAUGAAGAUGAUGCUGAUUUCCUCUCGCUGUUCAGAGCC